AUGAGGUCACCAGCGCAGGACUGUGGGAAGGGCUUUUCCGGGUAUCUUCUGCGCAUGUGCAGCUCCGCCCACACCGCCAUAUUAUUGUCUGGAAAUUCCGGAUGCCACAGAAGCCCCAGUGCUGCUCCUCAGAUAUUGUGCGUCCCGGAAGCUAUGCUGCCACAGUGCACUAUGGGUUUACAAGAGCAACAAAAGGUGAAUAACUCUCUGGAGUUGGUGUCAUUUGAGGAUGUGGCUGUGGACUUCACCUGGGAAGAGUGGCAGGAACUGAAUGAUGCUCAGAGGACUUUGUAUAGGGAUGUGAUGCUGGAGACCUACAGUAACCUUGUAUCACUGAAACACUGCAUUAACAAAGCUGAGGUGAUUGUCAAGUUAGAACAAGGAGCAGAGCCAUGGAAAAUAGAAGAAUGCCCAAACCACAUCCUGCAAGACACCCAGAUAGAUAAUGACCUAGUGGAGAGGAACCAAGAAAGUCAUCAAAGAUGUUUGCAGGAAAUUGUAAUCACAAACAGUAACACAUCAGCUGAGGAGAGAGUUGUGUUAGGAAAAUCAUUUUAUUUGAAUUCACAUCAUUUUGAUCUCUUUCUUUUAAUCAGCAUGCAUCAGAGAAUUCACACAGGAGAGAAACCGUAUGAAUGCAAAGAAUGUGGAAAAACUUUCUCCCAAAAAGCUUUUAUCCGAAAGGCAGACCUCAUCAGGCAUGAGAGAACUCACACAGGUGAGAAACUGUAUAAAUGUAAAGUAUGUGGAAAAGCUUUUAGUGAAAAGUCAUACCUCAGCAUUCAUCAGAGAAUUCACACAGGUGAGAAACCAUAUGAAUGUAAAGACUGUGGAAAAGCUUUUAUCCAAAAGUCAAAGUUCAGCAGACAUGAGAGAACUCACACAGGUGAGAAACCAUAUGAAUGUAAAAUAUGUGGAAAAGCUUUUCCAUGGAAGUCACUCCUCAGCAGCCAUCAGAGAAUUCACACAGGUGAGAAACUGUAUGAAUGUAAAGAAUGUGGAAAAUCUUUUCCCUGGAAGUCACUCCUCAACAGCCAUCAGAGAAUUCACACAGGUGAGAAACCAUAUGAAUGUAAAGAAUGUGGAAAAACUUUUAACCGAAAGUCAUUCCUCAGCAUUCAUCAGAGAAUUCACACAGGUGAGAAACCAUAUGAAUGUAAAGAAUGUGGAAAAACUUUUAACCGAAAGUCAUUCCUCAGCAUUCAUCAGAGAAUUCACACAGGUGACAAAUCAUAUGAAUGUAAAGAGUGUGGAAAAGCUUUUACCCAAAAGUCAGACAUCAGCAGGCAUGAGAGAAUUCACACAGGUGAGAAACCAUAUGAAUGUAAAGACUGUGGGAAGGCUUUUACCCAAAAGUCAAACCUCAGAACUCAUCAGAGAACUCACACAGGUGAGAAACCAUAUGAAUGUAAGGAGUGCAGAAAAGCUUUUACCCAAAAAUCAUACCUCAGCAUUCAUCAGAGAAUUCACAAAGAUGAGAAACCAUAUGAAUGCAAAGAAUGUGGAAAAGCUUUUACCCAAAAGUCAAACCUCAGCAUUCAUCAAAGAACUCACACAGGAGAGAAACCAUAUGAAUGUAGAGAAAGUGGAAAAACUAACCAAAAGUCACACCUCAGCAGCCAUCAGAGAAUUCACAAAGGUGUGAAACCAUGUGAAUGUAAGGAACGUAAGAAAACAGUUUACGGUAUCUCACCACAAUAGACCUGAACAAAUUCACACAUGGGAAAAUCCCAAUUAAUUUAAUGACUGGAAAAAGGUUUUUCCUUAAAUCACACCUCAGGUUUCAUCACAGAACUUACACCAAGAAGAAGCCCUAUAAGUGAACAACCAUCCCUUGGUAUUGGAGAUUGGCUCCAGGAGCCCCUGUUGAUGUAAACACUUAAAAAUGAUCAAGCACCUUCUAUAAAUGGUGUACUGUUUCAAUAUUACCUAUGCACUUUUUGUGUGUCCUUUUCAUGUUGAGUAGAUUAUAUUACUGAGUACAGUAGAAAACCCUUGUAAAUAGCUUUUAUACUGUGUUGUUUUUUUACAUGUAUUAUAGUUUUAUUUUUUCUUUUGAUUUUUAAGCGUUUUUAUAAGUGUUUGGUUGAAUUCGUGACCCUGAUAUAUAGAAGGAGGUCAAUUAUUGUGAAAACAUCUUUUUUCAGCAGUUACAGGGCUGGCUAUAGUUAACAUAUUGUUGGUUUGAGCAUUGUGCUGAUAACACCAUGGGUCCCUGUACUGGCCAGCCACUGAAUAACAGAGAAAACAAAACAAAACAAAAAUAGAAUAAGAAGGAUAAGAAAGAAAAGUAAAGUAAAAACGACUUACCCUGCAGCAGUCAUAAGAUAAUUUACACAGAGGGAAAUUCUGUGUGGAUUAGACUGGGUAUGUAUUUUCAAAAAAACACCUUUUUUCUCUUGUACAGAUGCCUGCAAUCUCAGCCAUUAAUCAUUGUGUGUUGAGCCAUGUCAUUUAGCUUUGCUCAUUAGAGUAUGCAGACAGGUGAUAAACAUUACUUCCAGGCCUGCAAUAAAAAAAAAAUUCAUGCA